UUCAACUUCGCCAGCUUCCAGCCGCUCUCUACUUUCUCUUCCAGCCUUUCCAGUCUUUCGUUUCACUACUGCGACCGCGAUUUAAUCGAACGCAUUCAAGUCCAUCAACCCACCACAUACCAACCCGCAUCUUCUCGCAUCUACACCCAUUAAUUCAGACAAAAUGCGUUCCGCUUUCUUCGCCGUCGCGACUUUCGCUCUUGGUGCUCUUGCGACGCCAACCCUCGUUAAGAAGGACUGCAACGACACCUGCAUGACCUACGACCAAGCAACCGUUGUCGCCAACAACUUCAAGAGUCUUAUUGCCGCCUACUCCGAUGCGGACGCCAUCGAGUUCUUGACGCCAGACUUCACUGACUACUCCGACUCCGUCUCUACGCUCAUCAACUCCGGCUGCGCGGGUCCUCAGCCACUGGGCGCGGCGACCUUCACCGACCGUCCCUCGUUCAUGAAGGGCCAGGGUAGCCAACCCGCCAUUCCGUUCGAAAUCCAACACCUCUGGUACGCCUGCACUGGACCAGUCGUCAUCCGCUGGGCCACCAACUUCGGCGCUGAGCCAAUCACCGGUAACAUCAUCAUGGAGGCCACCCGUGGCAGCGGCAGCCAGCCAUGGCUCAUCAGCAACGUCCUCUCCGAGUUCAACAGCGGUGCAUGGCUCGUGAACCUCGAUGUCUUCAAGCCCAGCUGCUACGCCAACGGCUCCUCAACCAUCGGCCCAGUCGGCAAGCGUGACGUUACUGCGCAACAGAUGAAGAAGCUCCCUUACCGGAUCAUGUAAAAGGGGGAUCGGUUAGACGCGCGCAACACACGACCUCCUCGCCGCUCCGCCGCUCGGCAUCCAGUCUCACCCAUCGUCGGGCACAAGCAAUGGAGCAAUCUCGUAUUUCUGUAUCUUGCAUGAUACCAUCUUCACAGCAAGCCGGCGUUCACAAGCGGCGGGCGAAGGGGGCGGCAUUAUGAUUCUUGGAUGGGUUAUAUUAAUGAUGGCAUACGCAUAAGUCGACCACCACAAUAAAAGAUGCUGU